AUGAUAUUCAUCAUUUUAGGAGUAAUCUGUGGCCUGAUAUUCGUAGCUCUUCUCUGCUUUGCCGCCCUAUGCGUGAUUAAAGCUCUGCAGCGCCGCCGAGUUCGUGCGGCAUCUCACUCGAUUAAUACCCGUCGAGAAUCAACCGACUCUAUCUGGGGAAUUCCAGAGGAACCCCAUUCUGCGUAUGCAAGAGAUGAUCGGAUUCCAUACGACUAUCCUCAACUCAAUCAAACCUCGCUGGGAACAGCCACAAUCCCUCACGGUGGGAUGUCAGAAAAGGAUCUCAAUUUUCCCGCGUGGAAGAGUAAAGAUCUUACUUCCCCUGCAAAAUGGAACCAACCUUCGCCGGCGUAUCAUGAGGACGGAUACACGGGUAUCCCGCCGUACGAUCUCGAGAAGGGAAACAACUAUUCUCGCGAAAGUCUUCCACCUAUGGUACCAUCAAAAAACCUUGAUGAGAAGCCUCGAGACACAACCAGCGCUAUAAUUGAGGAUAGAUUCGGGCCAAGUGUGAUCAAUAGGAGCGAGACCAGGAGUAGUUAUGAAAGCUAUCGAAAAACAAUAACAACGCCGGGAGCGAGACCACCAACUACGCCGAAGCCUCAGCAACUAAAUAUGAUUUAA